GCCUCCUCGUUAACGUUCACACCUCCUACGGCACACCCACACUGCCUUUGCCUACUCCCGUCCCGUCGCAGCCGUCUCGCUCCUCCGUCUCCAUUCCCCGCCUCGUCCCGCCGCAGCCGCGGCCGCGAGGAGCCUUCCCCGCCUCUCUUCCCGCUCGCUGGGCCCUGCGGCUCGCAGCCAGCAUUCCGGGCUCCUGGUCGCCGUGAGCCUUGGGAGGUUUUGCGCGGAUCUGAGGCUGCCCGGGCUGGGGAAUUCGGGCUGAUACCUCGCGGCGGGAGUCGGGCUGAGUUGAUUUGGCGAGUUUAGGUGUGCGGAGGGAGGAAUUCCGGGAGGAACAGUUGGUUGGUCUGCGAGAGUUUGGUGGGCGGUAGGGUGGUCGGGCGGGCGGGCGGGCGACGUACUUGCGCCCCGGAGGCCGCCGUCGCUGCUUCGGGCAAGCGAUGAUCGAGCAGUUCGUCAACUUCGUCAUCCGGCCGCCUCGCCUGCAAGUUGGUGGGAUUUGGCAGCCUUCACGCCAUUGCCAGUGAUGAUAUGUCGCCGCAAUUCCUCACAUUUUAGUAGGGGGGUUAUUGUAUGAAUUUCCUACGGAUAUAAGAUAGCUAGACCAACCUAAUGCAGGUAAACUGAGGUAAGCCUUUUUCCGCACCGUGUCCUAGCGACUCAGUGAGAUAGAUCUCACCACUGCACCAGGUCUGUCCUUCUACCGGCCUUGGUUCUAAAUAAAAAAGAAGAAGUAUAAGCCUCUGUUAGAAGGAAAAAAAAAACGUACCAGCUUCUCACUGUAAUCUCAACGAUUCUCAAGGCACAAGAAUGCAAAAUUUCUGUACUUGAAUCCUUGCUGUAUCCAUUUAGACCAUGUGUUACAUUAGUACAUGAGCAAAAAGAUUGUUGUUCAGCCUUUCUAUUGAGAAUCAUGUACCAGGUUUGCAGUCAAGCAAGUAGCUUGUCAUAAUCACAUGUCCUGUAGUUGCAGAACUAAACCUGUUUGUGUUCGUAACCCAUAACAAAACUUUACAUUUAAUUAGCAUGUGCAUUUAUACCAACUGUACUUUUCUAAAUUAACUUUGUGCCUUUUCUGUAAGACGCGACAAUGAAUGGAUAACGUAGGUUCAUAGCCUUCGGGUUUUGAUAUCUGCAUCAGAUUAUUUUCUCUCUAUUUUCUGCUGAGUGGCGAUGAACUGGCAAUGCAUUUACAGUGCAGAGUACAAUCCAGAUCAGUAUUUAUGGGAGCCAGAGUUCACUCUUGCCGGAAGGAAGUAUAAAAGGCUAGAUUUGGAGCUUACGAAUGAAAGAAGUCAGACCUUAAAGUGCAGCCACUAUGUUCCUGCUGUCAUCCCAGAAAACACUUCCCUUCCAUGUGUAGUCUACUGCCAUGGGAAUAGUGGAUGCAGAGCAGAUGCAAAUGAAGCCGCUGUCAUACUUCUUCCUUCAAAUAUCACCCUUUUUACACUUGACUUUGCGGGAUCAGGGCUAUCAAGUGGAGAUUAUGUCAGCCUUGGUUGGCAUGAGAAGCAGGAUCUCAAAUGUGCUGUGUCCUUUCUGCGUAAGAAUAAGCAAGUUUCUUGUAUAGGUCUUUGGGGACGCUCAAUGGGUGCUGUUACAAGUCUGCUAUAUGGAGCAGAAGACCCCUCAAUUGCUGGCAUGGUUCUGGAUAGUGCUUUCGCUAACUUAUAUGACUUAAUGAUGGAGCUUGUAGAAGUUUACAAAAUACGAGUUCCUAAGUUCACGGUUAAGAUGGCUGUUCAGUACAUGCGAUGCGUCAUUCAGAGAAGAGCUAAAUUUGACAUAAUGGAUCUUAAUGUUGUCCAGUUUGCACCCAAGACGUUUAUUCCUGCACUAUUUGGACAUGCUUCAAAUGAUAUGUUUAUUCAGCCUCAUCACACAGACCAUAUUCAUCAGGCUUAUGCGGGGGAUAAAAAUCUAAUCAAAUUUGAGGGUGAUCACAAUUCGCCAAGACCCCAGUUUUAUUACGACUCUGUUUCAAUAUUCUUCUACAACGUUCUUCACCCACCUCAGUUUCCUUCAACCUGCACACAUAAACUUGAUAAGUAUUAUAACCUUGGUGCUUUUAAGGGUGCUGCUGGUACUAAUGAGAGCUUAUUGUAUGAGAUCAUCAAUGGUCUACGGGCAGCUGGCACUGAUGCAGGAAGUUCAUCAGCUGCUACAGCUAGUUUCACGAAUGCUACAAAAUCAGUAGUUGAAUUGCUGACAGAGAGGGUAAAUCAGCUAUCUGUUAAAAAUGAUAAUGACUUGGAUUUUCUUUUGGAUGAAAACCAUAACCUUACUGAGAUGGACGGUAACACAGGAGAGUGUCAUUUAGAGGAUAAAUCAAACAGACAAACAGAUGAAUGCUGUUCGUAUACCAGCUCAAACCGAGAGAGCUGGGGAAGAUGUUCUUCCUUGGGUGGAGCUAGUGAUGGAUUGUCAUCAGGCGAACAGCCUGAGAUACCUAAUCAUAAGCUUAAGAGCUUGACACUAAGGGCUCUAGCAACCCCACUGAGACGGGUACAAAGGAAACCUCUCGCGAUCCCGAAGGAGAAGAAUCGAUCACUGUGGAAGAGGUUGAAAAAGGAGAGGCAACAGAUGGGGGAAAACAUAUCCCAGCGUCUGCGGUUGUGUCUCCAAGGCCAGGCUCGACACAAGAGAACCAAAUCGUCUUGACAACUGUGGAUACAUAUUUAGCUCUUGGACAAAUCUGCUAGGAACUCACUGAUGAUUCAGCAACCGAGCCGCGCCGCAAUUUGGAGCUUCUGGCACUCAGCGCCAAUCGUGCCGUGUACAUUGGUUGAACAUUACCUAGAAAUCUUAGAUCAUGGAUUGUCCCGGACCCAAUGUGUUAACUGUCAGUCUUUAAUGUUCGUUUCUUAUGUUUUUUUCCCCAAUGUAAUCCUGUAAAUUUGAAGGCUAGAACUGCCCAUGUACUUGUGGUUGAGGGAGGGACACCGGUUCGUUGCUUUUUUCAGGAUUUGUGUAGGGUUUGGAGGUCGAGCUGUAUCGACAGAAUCUCAUUUUCUAUGUUGCUCGGUAACGUCUCUGAUUUGCUA